UGCAUGCUGGGAAAUAAAUGGCGCCUAUCAUUGCGAAGAGAGACAGUGCGGGCUGCCCUUGAAAUUAAAGUCGUCUUCAUGAUAUAUCUGCACAGCGGCUCAAUACUUAAAGCAGGAUAAAAAUCUACACACAUGCUUAAGUUCAUUGUAAUGGGAUUACGUGGUUUUUUCUUGCUGGCAGCAAAGAUUUGGAGUUUUCUGUGUUACUGUUUCAAAAGACAAGCAAGAUCUAUUAUACAAUACCAGACUGUGAAAUAUGAAGUUAUACCACUGUCCCCUCUCUCUAAACACCGGCUCAGUAUGUUGAAAAAGAAAACCCUAGUUCUAGACUUAGAUGAAACAUUAAUUCAUUCUCAUCAUGAUGGAGUCCUACGACAGACUGUGAAGCCAGGAACACCCCCAGACUUUGUUCUAAAAGUCAAUAUAGACAGACAUCCUGUUAGAUUUUUUGUUCACAAAAGACCACAUGUAGACUACUUUUUGGAAGUGGUUAGUCAGUGGUAUGAACUUGUAGUGUUUACAGCAAGUAUGGAAAUAUAUGGCUCUGCGGUGGCAGACAAAUUAGACAAUAAUAGAAAUAUACUAAGGAGGAGAUAUUAUAGACAGCAUUGUCGAUUUGAAUUAGGUAGCUAUACCAAGAGUCUUUUGGAGAUAAAUGAAGAUCUGUCAAGUGUUUUUAUACUAGACAAUUCCCCAAUAGCAUAUAAGUAUUAUGAAGAUAAUGCAAUUCCUAUAAAGUCAUGGUUUAGUGAUCCCACAGAUACGUCACUUUUGUGUUUACUGCCAAUGCUGGAUGCAUUACGAUUCUGUAAUGAUGUCAGGUCAGUGCUAAGCAGGAACAUUCACAAAACUUACAACAUGUUAGACUGACAAAUAUCACUUUUACAUGUGUGUUAGUGUGUAAAUUUUACCCAGCAACAAGUUAUAGUGCGUGACUGCAGAGCCAGCCUACUUAACUGGGCUGUGAUAGAAUGUUGAAUGUAUGACAAACAAGCAGAGAGAUGCAGAGGUGGGAAGAAUGACCAAGGAACAGCCAGGUUACUGCUAAAUUCAGAUUGAGUUUGUUUAUUCCUUGCAAAUAAAAACAAAUUUCUGGAGCUGUUUAGACCAAACAAAAUUUGCUCUCCUUUUAUUUUGUUUAGAUCCUGCCAUGUGCUUCAUGGAUUGAAAUCAUGUCAUUGAUUUUUUUCAAGUGUUUUUGUGUUGUUUUCACAUAGGUUGGUCUUUCAUUCAACUGAAGUCUUAAAGAUUUUGAUUAUUAUUAACUGAUACACAUGUUUACUAAAUUCAACUGAUAUUGCAAGCUAUUUGUCCAUUAAUGAGAAAAAGGAGUAGUACAGAUUCAUUUUCUCAUAAGUGUAAGAAUGUUAUAUUUGUAUGAAUGAAUUAAUUCAUCGUGAAAGUUUCUGGUGCAAUGAUUUCAUAAAAUUUAUAAUGUACCAUGAAAAAAAAUUUAUUAUGUUUUAAAUGGCAGCUGCGGUGCAUCAGGACGUACUAAUUCUUUCUCAAACCAAUAAGAAUUAGUUAUACUAUGUCUGACAGUUUUGUAAUGCUUCUGAAAUAAUAUCAUGUCUUUUAUAUUAUUAGUUACUGUAAUAUUGUAAUUUUUGUAUGUUAAGAUUUUGUUGUGUGAUGCAGAUUAGGAUAUAUUCUGUACGCCAUAUCAGAGUCAUAAUUAGGCAUUUAAUCACCUACAGCUGUUUUCAAAAUCACACUUCAUUCUUUAUAUAGGUUUAAAUGUCAUCCCCUUCAUUGUAAAUGUCAUAUACUUUUAUGAUUUUAUCAGAAAAAAUCCAUUUAAAAAAUACCUUCAAUUUGAAACUGUUUCAAUGGUUACAAAAGUAAGCUACAUGUAUGUCAUGUUUUCAUAUGGGUAAG